AUGGCGGGGCCGGGCCUGGGGGAGGGGGCCGGGGCCGGGGCGCGACGUAGAUCCGGGCGCGGCGGCUCCGGGGGGCGGCGCCCCCUCCCCGGUAUCCGGGGAGGAAGCUGCCGGCGGCUGGCCCCGGCCCCCAGUCCGCCCCGCCCCCUACCUCCAAGCCCCCCCGCCGUCCCUCCCCCUGCCUCCAAGCCCCUCCCACAGUCCCUCCCCCCAUUGGUGCCGCCCCCUGCCUCCAGCGGGGCGGGGGAAAAGGGGCUCCCAAGGACUCUGCUUCCACAGGUUCUCCAGUCCCGGACCCCCGCCCAGCCCAGCCCCCGCUCUGGUUCACACUUGUCUGCACACUCUGUGUCCCUGAUCCUUGGUCACACAAAAGGCCGCUGGAAGGCUCUGGCCCCCGUCCCGGGAUCCAAGGCCCGUGUUGGGAGGAGCGGAGCAACAGGAGGUCUGCGACAGGCAACGCAUUUAGGAUUGCAAAUACGAGCCAAUUCAAACUGGACCAUUACCUCAGUGUCCCCUGGCCACAGCUGGGAGCCCUGGCCGGUUAAGGAAGGCACCGCUCAAGCCAUGACAAAAGGUCCCAUGGGCAAAGCGCUUCAGGUUUGCACAGAAACUUAAACUUCACCUAUAUAGUGUGGGGCCUGCCCAGACCCUGAGCUUGCCUUCCUGGGGGGGGGGGGGUCCUCUUAAUAAAA